AAAGCAGAGUCAUGAUUUUCCAGCGACACAAAGUCAACGAUGAAGUGUUUUUUAUGCACCGGUCAAUGGAAGAAGACGUCACCGGAGAUUGACCGGCGGCGACCAGUUGCUGCAGUCAAGAUUUUUGAAUUCGAGGAAUUAGCAGCUGCAACAAGCAAUUUUCAUGAGGAUUGUCUUCUUGGAGAGAGUGAUUACGGAAGAGUUUACAAAGGACAGAUCGAUUCUAAUCAGGUUGUUGCUAUCCAGAAAGUGGAUCAUGAUAGAAAAAGGAAUUUUCUUGGUGAACUUUGUAUGUUAAGUUGGUUACGCCAUCCUAAUAUUGUUAGUCUAGCUGGCUAUUGUGCUGAUGGUGAUCAUAGACUUCUCGUUUAUGAAAACGUUCAACUAGGAUCAUUGAAAGAGCAUCUUCAUGAUUCCGCUCCUGAUAAGAACCAACUUGAUUGGAACACUAGGAUGAAAAUUGCUUCCGAAGCAGCAAAAGGAUUAGAGUAUUUACAUGACAAACAACAGCCAACUGUAAUACACCGCGGUAUAAACUGCUCUAACAUUUUGCUUGGGGAGGGAUAUCAAGCUAAGUUAUCUGGCUUUGGCUUUGCAAAACUGGGGCCUCCAGACGGUAAAACCCAUGUAUCUGCAACAUUUGAGGGAAAUUAUGGGCACCAAGCACCAGAGCAUGCCACAACAUGCGAGGUGAGUGUACAAACAGGGCUAUUGAGUGUGAAAUCAGAUGUUUACAGCUUUGGGGUUGUCCUUUUGGAGAUCUUUACAGGAAGGAAAGAUAUCGGAAAUUCAAAAGAUGGAGAAGAGUCCAAUCUUAUUGCUUGGGCAAGACCAUUGAUCAAAGAUGACAAAUUUUCAGAAAUGGCAGAUCCAGCACUUCAAGGCCAUUAUCCUGCAACAGGCUUGAAGCAAGCUGUUCUAAUCGCAAACACGUGUGUCCAAAAGCAACCUCACGGGCGUCCUACCAUGGCAGAGGUAGUAACAUCCUUAACUUAUAUUGCUCAAGGAAAAUAUGAUUCUGUAACUCUGUCCUGA